CAGCACAUGUCCUGCAGAUCAGGUUGUCAGCUUACAAAUAUAGCCUCUUAGCGCACUGGCGGAGGCUCGGGCAGUUGGAGCGCUUCCGGCUCCAGGGUGGCGCGGCGCAGGGGCUCGGGCUGCAGCGCGGUCACGGGUAAUUUCAUGCUCCCAAAAUGGGACAUAAAGUGGUCGUAUUCGACAUCUCUGUCGUCAGAGCCUUGUGGGAGACGCGUGUCAAGAAGCACAGAGCUUGGCAGAAGAAGGAGGAAGAAAGACUCGAGAAAAGUGCAUUGGAAAAGAUAAAGGAGGAGUGGAACUUCGUGGCGGAGUGCCGGAGGAAAGGCAUCCCCCAGGAGGAGUACUGCAGGAAUGGCUUCGUAGACACCGGCGUGAGGCUUCUGGAAAAGAUCGAGAGGAACUCCCUCGUACGGCGGAGUUUGCCUUCCAAGGAGGGAGGCAAAGGGAGGAGCGCGUUUGUGUUUGAACUCUCGGGGGAGUGCUGGAAGGAACUCCCAGACUCACUCAAGGAGCAGACGCACCUGAAAGAAUGGCACAUAAACAAUACCCUGAUUCAAAUCAUUCCCACCUACAUCAAGCUGUUCCAAGAGAUGAGAGUCCUGGAUCUGCCAAAAAACCACAUCUCCCAUCUUCCAGCUGAAAUAGGCUGUUUGAAGAACCUGAAAGAACUCAAUGUGAGUUUCAACCAUCUGAAGAGCAUUCCUCCAGAACUGGGAGAUUGUGAAAAUCUGGAGAAACUGGAUUGUUCUGGAAAUCUAGAGUUAACUGAGCUCCCCUUUGAAUUAAGUAAUUUGAAGCAAGUGACAUUUGUAGAUAUCUCAGCAAACAAGUUUUCCAGUGUCCCAAUCUGCGUCCUGAGGAUGUCUAAUUUGCAGUGGUUGGAUAUCAGCAACAAUAACCUGAAUGACCUGCCACAAGAUAUAGACAGGCUAGAAGAGCUGCAGACGUUCCUCCUGUAUAAGAACAGGCUGACCUACCUCCCCUACGCCCUGCUUAACCUGAAGAAACUCACCUUGUUAGUCGUCAGCGGGGACGAUUUGGUGGAGCUCCCGACCGCCCUCUGUGACUCAUCCACCCCUUUAAAAUUUGUAAACCUGAUGGACAAUCCUAUUGAUAAAACCCAGUGUCAAGAUGGUGAUGAAAUUAUGGAAAGUGAACAAGAUCGUCAACACUUUGAUAAAGAAUUUAUGAAAGCCUAUAUUGAAGAUCUUAAAGAAAGAGAGUCGGUUCCCAGCUAUACCACCAAAGUAUCCUUCAGCCUUCAGCUUUGAGACCGUCCGUCAGAAGGUGACGGAAUCUCCCCGUUUGUGGAGUUGUGAAUCUUUGUGUUGCGGGUCCGGUCACAGAGAUGUAACGCCUUGUGCUGAAGCAUGGAGUCCAGAAACCAUGGUCAUAACUGUUUGGAAAAGUGAUUUUCAGAUUUCAAAUACAUGAAUACCUCUCUCUGUGGACUGGGGAAUUGAUAAAUGGGUUUAUAUGUUGAUAGUUAAAGGUUCAUUUGCAUACAUUUGCUUCCAAGUAAUGCACAUUUAAUGUUUUAGAAAAUGUACUCUUUUUUAAAAUGAUAACUUAGACCAAAUUCUGAAGUUGAUUGCAUUGUUUUCAGGAAUCAAGGGAUAAAGGGGUUGUGAAAAGAGCGUUUAUAUUGGAUUAGUCAGGUGAGAGUUUAUUUUGGCUUUUUUUUUUUUUUAAGGAGUCGUAAUGCAUUAUUCCUUUUACUGAGAAAAUUGUCCUAAGUAUAUACAAACCUCUAUCUCCAUGUGUUUUAAAUUAAAUCUUGCAAGUGUGGGCUCUCAGGAGAGACUUUGGUUAUAAUCUGGACCUUGAAGAUACAAAGAAGGGUGGGUUUUUUGGUUUCGUUAUUGUUUUUUGCUCUACAAACACUUCUUGA